AUGCCAGAGUGGAAAGCAGCAGUAGGUUGGAUAUCAGACGCGGUACGCAUUCCUGUAUUAUCAAGAGAUUCUCACGAUAAUCUUAACCAAACUCUACUCAACCAUCAGCUCGAACCAAAUAAACGUCACUACUCUUAUGAAUGUAAAGCAACGGCUCAGGAGCGUCCGUAUGUGUCGCGCCCAUCACGAUCUCAGCAGUUGCGAAACCCCAAGCUUGUGCCCAAGCUCACAAAUGAGACCCUGAACCCUCUGGAAAAGAAGGAAGGUGUUGCCGAUGCAGAGCUGGCCAAGGUAGACGCUGAACGCGCACGCAAGCGCGAGCGCGAGGAGAGAGAUGAUGAGCUGAUCAAGUCAACUGUAAAGCGGCAUAGAUCUGUUUCUUCCCAUUCUGUGUCUACUAUUUCUACUGGUGCCUCGAGGUCUCCGUCGCCUGGUAGAGAUGGAGCUGGAUCAGUUCGUGCACGAGGAAGAAGUUCUCAUUCUGACAACUCACGAGGCCGAGGUGACAUUCGAAGCCGAAGUCGAAGUUUUAGCUCGGAUCGCAGCCGAAGCCCCCGUGUUGAGUCUAAGCGCAGGCAAUCUAUGUCUGGCGAUGAUCGUUCUCCAGAAGAUUAUGAUCGCCGCAAUCGCUAUCGAUCUCGCGAUCCUCUACCUACAGGUCGAGAAACUACGUCUACGAAGCAGUCCAGAAGGGACUCGUCAGGGUCACGCAGUCCUGAUGGAUACAAAGGCCAGCGUGCUCAAGGUUCAAGGUCGCCGGGGCCCAGAGGAAGAUAUGGUGAGAGGCCUGGUCCGUCCGAUACUCGGCAUAAUCGUGAGAGACCAGCACCACGCGGAGGAUUUGAUGGAAAGAAAGACAGCCACGGAGGCCGCCAUCACGAGAAUGCUCGAGAGCGAAGUUUGAGCCCUUUUAGCCAACGAUUAGCCAUGACCAAGGCUAUGAAGCAGGGUGGGAGAUGA